AUGAAGACGGCCGUGACAGUGUUAAACGAAAUGAUGAUCAAGAUAGGUCAGCUUCCUGAAUAUGAGUGCAUAUCACAGUCAGGUCCACAGCAUCAAGCAACAUUCGAAUACCGAUGUAAAUGUCAAGGUAUUUCUGUGACUGGACAAGCUCGUUCUAAGAAAGAAGCCAAACAAGAAGCUGCUAGGAAAAUGUUAAUUCAGCUAAAUGCACGAGGCCAACCUGUACCACCACCUUUUGCUACCCCAUUGGAAAAUCCUCCUUCGCCACCAUCAUCACCAUCGAAUAAGCCUGCACUAGAAGCGGGUCCAUCGUGUGGUCCUGCUGCACCAACAUUGGAUGUUCGUAGCUAUGUUGCCCUACUCAAGGAGCUCUGUGAAGAGUACCGUCUCCGAGAGCCCGAGUACGAGCUGGUAGGGGACACAGGCCCCCCGCACGAACGUCACUUCACCGUGCGUGCAACCCUGGGCCUGCACGAGCGCCAGGCUACUUCCACUACUAAGAAAGCUGCCAGGCAGCUUGCUGCUGAACAACUGUACACAUAUCUAAGAGAGAACCUCGCCAGAGUUACUGGUGAUUUUGUGGAGGAGGAGGCGUUGGCGCGCGCGCACGAGCGGCGCGUGCAGGAGAAGCGCGGUGUGGAGGCGGCGGCGCGCUACGCGGAGCGCGCGGAGGGCGCGGGCGGCGCGGCGGCGGACGCGGCCUGGCGCCCCGACCUCGGCCAGCGCCUCGCAGACUUCCACCUCGGUCUGCUCACUCAUAUUGACGAAAAGAAGCGGUCCGAGUGCUUGCGCGUGCUGGGGGCUGACUCUGACUCUGAGGGCGGGGAGGGGGGUGAGGGCGGGGACGAGGACGAGAAGCUGGAGCGCGCGUGCGCGGCGCUGGGGCUGCGCGUGGAGCGCACGGCGCUGGGCGCGCUGGCCGUGCGGCGCCUGGAGCGCACGGCGCCGCCGCUGGCCUUCGCCGGCGCGUCGCCGCGCGCCGCCGCCGCCGCCGCGCUGCGCUACGUGCGCCGCGCGCUCGCCGCCACGCAC